CUCAUCUUUCUCGUACCCUUCAUCUGCAAGCUUUUUUCUUUUUUCUCUCUCUCCUUCAUCGGCGACGUCUUCACAAUUUCUCAUCUUCGUCGGUGGCAUCUCCACGGCCUCUCAUCUCGUUCGCUCAUCUUCAUCUUUCAUCUCUCCUCUGUUCCAGAAUUUCUAUUAUAUCACAUCCAUGGAUUACUCCAUGUUUAUUUUCAUCUCGAGCUCAUUCAAUCUGAAAAUUCUGAAAAUAUCUUAUGCUCCCCAUGGAUGGGUGGUUUCUCGCUGCUUCCAUGUCUCGCACAUCUUGCCAAAAACUACUCUGUCCCAGGAGUAUAUAAUUUUCACAUGAAUGUCGAUCUGACGAAUUUCCUCCGGACCCAGAAGAAGACCCACCUAGCGAUGAUGAGGACAAUCUUGAAUGAGAUAAUUUUCAGACAUAAGAUCAACAGAGGGAAAAGGCCAAAGAAUGGAGGAUGAAUCUUACUACUCAAAUGUGGGCAGCCGCAGAAAAUGAAUAAUUUUGAUCCAUAGUUCAGUAGCACAAGACUUUUGUUCCCAUUUUGUGCACUGAUGACAUUUUUUUCUUAUAUUUUUUAAUGCUUAUGCUUGACCUCAUUCAGAAUAAAGAACAUUAGCUAUUAUAUUUGUCAUAUUUUCUAUGGAGCGAUUCUUAUUUAUUAAAGUCUGGUUUGCUUUGUUAAA